CUUUGGAUUCAUAUAAAUGUUCAUAGUAUUCAUCACUGAUACUCAUUAAUGAAAAAAAAGACAGUAUAUUAAUUAAGUUUCUAUGUGUUUCACUUAUUUAGAAUAGUGUGGCUUAAUAUUAUUACGCUCAGUAAGGAUUAACUUGCGUGAUGUAAUCAUAGUUUUAGAUGUAAAAACAAUUAUUGAAAACCUUUUCCACUGUUCAACACUCGAAGCUUCUCGGAAUAAUUAUGCCAGUUGCUGUUAUCUUUGUCUUACCAAGGAGCGAGCCAUGGUCUUAGCUUCAGCAGAGACACCUGGAAAAGAAACAGCAAAGGAAAGUAAAAGGAUUACAAACACUUGACCUAAGACAUUAAAAAUCGCCACAUAGAAAAUUAAUUACAAAGUGAUCUGAGUCUAGAAAGCUGUCUGUGAAGCCCUCUGAACCAAUCUGAAUCAAGUGAGCUUGUGUUCACCAACAUGACAGCCUCCUUCUUUUCGAUAAACCAUGCGGAACUCAGCUUUGGUUUUACCUCUGGCCGGCAGACUUCUUAAUUAUUUUAUCUUCCCCUUAAUUCUUCCUUGUUUCCUCAUAUGCGAGCUCUUCUGAUUGUCAUAGUGUCCGUUAUAUACCAGAAUAAGUGUUGCCGUCAGAUUGAACGGAUGUGACUGUGUUUAUGCUUGUAAAACACUAGUAAACAUGUCACUUUACUUCAUAGUGUGUAUUACGUAUCAAAUCACAGAAUCCCUUCUAGUCGCCAGCUUCGUCCUAAGAAAACGUCACCUAACAUGGGACCUCAUAAGGGUAGACGUAAGAAAAAUGCGGUAUAUCUUUUAUCACGUUUAUUUCUCAUUCAGCUUGUUAUCAUAUAACCCAUAUUCUGAAAUGCUUCUACGCUACACCAGGACUUCUUUUUUUUUUUUUUUUACGAUUUGCUCUCACCACGACUAUUUUCAAAGGCUACAGAGAUUAUUAGACAGGUUUCCAAGAUUGUUUCUCCUGCCAAUAAUGUGAAAAUCGUGUUAAUAUGUCAAUGCAACCGUAAAAACACCCUCAAAACCCCAUGUAACUUCAACUAGAGCAUUUUGAAUGCAGUGGGGUGCGGCGCAUGAAUGUUUCAGAAUAUGGCCCUAAGUUACACGGGUUUUAUUUAUUUAUUUUUUUUUUUUAUUGUAGUGGGAAAUUAACAAGCUUUCUAUAUUAUUAACAGAGAAACACACUUGAGAACCCGACAAAUAAUUUGUGACCUUUAAAAAUAGUUCUUGUGAGAGUCAGAAGUAUAUUAUAGUAGGAUUCCCAGCAGUGCCAGCCUGGAGUCUCGUCAGGAAGACGAGCGUCCCACCACAACACAACUCCUCGGUCUGUGAAGUAUGCCAGAGACAGGAACGAGAUGAUGCAAGUGGUGCUGAGGGAAUUAGGGAAUGUCAGAGUGGAGAAGACAGGAAGGGAAUAGAUGGCGUUCCUGCUGGCACUGUGGAAAGACGAAUAAAAGAAUGGUUGAGGCUGCGAAGGAGCUCCAAGAGGAAAUUAAUGUGGUGUACAAGAUGUAGGAAUUAGUGGUGUUGAAGAUGGUGUCUGUUUUCUGUUCGCCGUUUUUUUUUUUUUUUUUUCCUACAGGAGUUGCUGAUACAAAGGCCUGGCUCAGAAGUAAUCCCGAGCACUAAAUAUCAAGAUUAGGACCUGUAGCAUCAAGAUCAAGAUCCGCCAAGAUGAUGGCCGUGGCGUCAGCCGAGAAGCGUCCCCUCAAACGUCAAAAACUAGGACCUCCAGACGUCUAUCCACAAGAUGCCAAACAAAAAGAGGAUGAGCUAGAUGAUGUGAGUGUGAAGCAGGGAUUCACUCACCGGCCUCAGAUUCAGGAUGAGUACAGCAGUGCUCAGAACACUUCCAUCACUCCAGCCAAGGUUGCAAAUUACUUUAAUGCCAUCCUCAAGAAGAAGGCAGAGUGCAACCAGCUGCCAGACACAGCCAGGAAGAAGCAGCAAAUUAAUAUUAAAGAUAAUUUUUGGCUUGUGACACCAAGAUCCAAGGCAGCAAUUGAAGCUUGGUUUAAGGACCUUGCGGGAUCCAAGCCUUUGACUUCACUGGCUAAAAAGGUUCCAAUCUUCAGCAAACGGGAAGACAUGUUCCUGACGCUGUGUGAGUACUCAGUCCCCAUGCUGAGGGCAACGUGGUUUAUCAAAAUGACAUCUGCUUAUCAAGAGUCAAAAGUAGCAGAAUCAAAAAUCAAGAAACGACAGCAGCCAGACAUUGCACAGGAGUGGACGCAGACUCUCACUAGACUCCUGCGGGAACAGCUAAACAAAAUAGCGGAGAUCUACCUUGGCAACCCAUCUGCUGCCACGCCACCUGUAGGAACACCUGCAGGGAGCAGCACUCCAGGGGGCACAAUGACAUCACCAGCCUCAGUGACCAGCACCCCAUCCUCCACACCAGCCCAGCCUCCUCAGUCUUCACCGCACAAUCCCGGUUUGUCAGGAUCCUCUAGUGGAAGUACACCAGCAAGUGGAACAGGACAGAACACUACAGCCGCCCAGCUGACUCAUGUGUUACGUAACUGGAAUUACUGCCUUCAGCUCGCUCAUUUCAUGUACCAGGAGGGGCUGCUUGACCGUCAGGAACUGCUGGAGUGGGUUGUUGAUGCAUUUGUGCGUUGGCGAGGGAGUGAGCAUGAUGUUGUGCUGAGGGUGGUGUUACCCUUGCCUCUUCAGUACCUAGAUGAAAUCACUCAGUCCGAGUACCUCUCUCGUAAAUUAGCUCACUACUCUGCCGUCAAGUUGACCCAGCUUUGCCAUGAUUCAGGCUACUCUUCUCCAAGACCUCAGUCACCUGUUAAUCCAAGUAGUAAUGGGAUAAGUGUGAGUGCCCCAGCAUCGGGAAGUAACCAGCCAGCAGGCUCCACUGUGAACCCACUGAUGUCCACCUUCCAGGAAUUGCUGUCUUGUCACCAACACCGCCCAGUUGUUCAAGCUACCUCAUGUUUUAUCCAGGCAAUCACCCUUGAUUGUCCAACUGCCAUGGUGUGGAACAAUGCUGGGGAGGGUAAAGCAUCUUCCUGGCUCACUGGCUCCCCUCUGGACCUUCUGCCAUGCCCACCCUCAGACCUGCCUAUGCCUCCACGGUACAACAACCAGCAUAUAAGAGCACAGCUGCGUGUGAUGGAGGAACACAUUCGUCAGCGAAGCCGGUCAGCAGAAAACAGAUGGUCAUUGGACAAAUAUGCUGUGAAUGUAGCAGGCUCUACCAUCAACCGGGUGCUGGGCGCACUGGACUCUCUUGAUCGUCACUGCUUUGAUCGUGUUGACUCAAACAAUUCUCUUGAUACUUUGUAUAACAAAAUAUUUGGGUCUUCAAAAGAAACAACCAAUGAGAAUCCAAGUAGCAAUAGUAGCUGUAGUAGCACAGCAUACCCUGGAAAUAAUAGCAGUAGCAGUAGCAGCAGCAACAAUGCUGCCAAUAAUAGUGAUGAAGCAAUUGUGAGAACCCUCUGUGAGUGGGCUGUGUCUGUACAGCGCUGCGGAGAACACCGAGCUCUGGUUGUAGCUCGCCUCCUGGAAAAGAGACAGAAUAACCUUUCUCAAGCUGAAAAUGACAUGCCAGAUGAAAAAGACUCCGUGACAUCAAACCAGAUGGUGACACCAGGAGGCUGCACCUUUCAAGGAUUGUUAUUGAAGUUUUUGGACACACAAGCACCUGUGUAUGAUGAGAAUGCAUUGUCUGUAAGGUCUCAAGAGUUUGGUAACUUGGUGCUUUUAUUCUCUGAACUUAUUCGUCAAGAUGUAUUCAGUCACGACACCUACAUGUGCACCCUCAUCUCUCGGGGAGACUUGGCCACUGGGACUCCUGAUCUCAAAGCUGAUUCAUCUUUUGGGGAGAAGAAAGAAGAUGGUACUGAUAACAUUGAUGAUGACCUUGGGAAGAUAUUACAAAAAAUUGCAGUCAACACCAGCCUGGAAGAGUCAGGCUCAGGAGGAAGAGGAGAGCUGGGAGUGGAGGGCAAGCAGCGGCCACCAAGACACCUUGUUUAUGCCCAGCACUUUCCACUCCCCCAGGAUGAUGCUUAUAUGCACGAAAUUAACCAGCGGUAUGUGUUGCUUUAUGGAGUGGGCAAGGCAAGGGAUGAAGCUCGAGCAGCAGUCAAAAAACUAACAAAGGAAAUCAGCAAAUUAUUCAGUAAAAAAUGCAGUAAUGAUAUUGCAGAAGGUGGCAAAGUAAAGAAGUCGUCACGUGGAGAAUUUAAUUUUGAAAAUAUUUUGAGCCGCUUCUGUGCUCUGUCCUACUUUGACCAGCACCACAUCACUAGCACUGUAGCCUCCCAGGUCUUAGAAAUGCUGUCUGGCUGUGGUUCUGGUAUGUCCAACUACUUGCCUACUCAUGACCACAUUGCCUUUCUGAUGGAUCUCAUGGAGGUGGCCCUCAAUGUCCACGGCCUCAUUGAACUUUGCAUUCAGAUCAUAAAGGAAGUGAAUGAAAUAGAGGCUCAGCUAGUGGAGCGAGGAUGCUUGGCUGGCUGGUACUGCCCCACACUGCUGCUCCAUGUGGUGGGGGUACUCAGGAAGUACCACUGCUGCCUGUUAGUGUCACAGGAACAAACCUCAGCCAUCUUUGAAGGGUUGUGUCGCCUUGUGAAGGCAAACCCCUCAGAAUGCACCUCCCCGGAGCGAGUGGUCUUCUCUUACCUCUAUGACCUGUAUGCCUCUUGCUCAUUUCUCAAGUCAAAACACCAUGAAAUAUUCUCCACCAUGUACCCUAAGCUGAAACAAACCCUCUAUGCCAGCAUCACCCCGGCACAGGGCACUUACCGAUGGAAUUUGCAGUUUAUGGAUGAUUACAUAAAGAAUCCAAAAUUGAAAGUUGAUGCAGGGGUACUGAAGCAGCUGACAGAUCCCACCAACCGAUACAGCUUUGUGUGUUAUGCAAUCAUUGAUGCCUGCUCUCCCAACACUUCCAAUGAAAAACUAAAUGACAUGGCCAUCCUGUGUGCAGAGCUGACAGCCUCCUGUAAUGCACUCUCAGCUGAGUGGUUAGGAGUGUUGAAUGCUCUGUGUUGCUCCUCCAAGGGACAGCCCAGGAUACUGAAUGUGCUUGGACAAGUUGGUCUGCGUGACCCUCAAUCCACCCCUACCAUCCACAGCUCCUUGGCAGUAUUCACAGCAAUACUCAUAGCUCGCCAUUGCUUCACUCUUCCUGAUUUCCUCAAGUGUGUUGCUUUACCAUCUUUAAUGGAAGCAUGGAAUACAGGGGAAGGCAACCCUGAUGCUGAGCCUGGUGCCCGCCUCACCUGUCACCUGCUGCUGCGUAUCUUCAAGAGCGUGGACACGCCACAGCCAGCACAGUACUCAGCAGGUUCCUCCCAAAGUGUGCCAGCUGGAAUGUCACAGCGCAGCAUCCGUCUGAGUUGUGACCGCCACCUUCUGGCUGCUGCCCACACAGCUAUCACUCUCAGUCCUCUUCUGGCAGUCCUGAAGGCAAUGUUAAUUGUCAGUGACGUUCUGAGUGGGCAGAGCAAAAGUCAGGCUUCCAUAUCUGAUAUCCUUGGAACUUCUGAUUUAGGUAGUGGCUCCAAUGAUUCCGAUAUGAUGGGGAAAGAUGCAGAGAAAGCCAGCCUGGCUGACUUUGCUCGCUAUGCCUUGAGGCAAAUUUGUUCCCAAGAGUGGGUGAGGGAGCGCUGCCUCAAGAUACCUGAGGAGCUGUGCAGUGCUGAAAACCUCCUGGACAGUGCCCUCACUCCCAGACAAGCUCAGAGACUGCUGCAUCAGAUCUGUCAUCCAGACUCACCCAGUACUCAUAAUGACUCCUCACAGGACCAGCGUACAAUCAUCUCCCACAUUCUCCAGGACUUGGAUGAGUGGAGCUUGCGGAUAUCUUGGCUGGACUUGCACUUGAUGUAUGAACAGCAAAGAGGCUCUCCUCAGGAGCUGAACACAUGGCUGGACAAUGUGGCUCAGGCAGCCAUAGAGGUGUUCCACCUCAACCAUGAUCAGGAUCAGUCUCCCAUGUCCCACUCCCUCUCCAAUCAUAGGACUCGUAAACCUCAAUCAAUAUGCCUCGUGGCUCCACUAAUAUCCAAGCUUCCCAAGGCUGUCCAGGGAAGAGUUCUUAAGGUGGCAGGUCAAGUACUGGAGUCUGUAAACUUUGGAGCAUACUCUGGCAACUCCAAGCCAACAGAUGAUGAGACCACCACUACUGAGGGUGUAGUGACCAGCCCUCCACCCAGCCACAGCCAGCCAAGCAGUGUGAGCAGCAGCAAUGGAAUGGAGAAUGUUUGUGGAGGCAGAUCUUUGGGACACUGGCCCCUGGCAUCUCACCGUCCUUUCCUGCAGUUAGUGCUGAUGUGUUUGGAUGGCCAGGAUGACCAACUAUCAGAACUAUUGGAAUCUUUAAGAACACAGCUCACACAGUCACUCUUCUAUCCAAAAGAGGAAAAACCUGGAGCACUACAAGUCACAUUCCCUGAAGACUGCCGGAGUCGGCAGCUCAUGCUGGAAGCUCUAAGCUUGAGGUUUGCACUUGUGGGAGGACUGUUUGACUUCAUCACAUCCUCUUAUUCCAACUCUAUCAUCACUGAGUGGGCACUGCUGCUGGUCAACCUCAUUAUCUUUGGAGUCAUAGAUCUAACAAAUAACAGUGAGUUGUUCAACACGGUGCUGGACAUGCUGGCAACACUGAUUCACUCCACCCUCAUGUCUGAUGCUCCAUCUGAAUCUCGAGAGGAGAACCGGAGGCACUACUACAAUUUAGUCAAGAAAAUUAAAAAGGAUAUUGGGGAAAGAAAUAAUGUAUCCCUACGAUUGGUGCGUCAACUCAUUCCUCUGCCAAAACUACAAGCCGAGGUGAUCACCCUGGAGCCAUGGGGCUCAGUCACAGACACAAAAGGCAAUCGACUUCAAGAAUUUGACAAGGAUAAAAAGCAUGGACUACAAGCAGCAGAAAAACAAAAGCUUAGUCCAUGGGAUCUCCUUGAUGGACACCGUAACCCUGCCCCACUCUCCUGGGCAUGGUUUGGAGCCACUCGUCUGGAGCGCAAACCUCUCAAGUAUGAGGAGGCUCAUCGCUUACUAAGGUUCCACACACACACUGUCACCAAGCCUCUAUCCUUCUACCUGGAGCCACCACCUCUUCCCCCGGAAGAUUUGGAGCCAGUGCCAGACAAGCAGCAAGUGAAGGAAGAAGUUAAGGCCCCAGAUACCCCUACCUCUGACCAGUCCCCUCGAGGGGCCUCCAAGCGAGGAUGCAAGAAUCAGCGCACCCGCCGCCGUGCAUCCCGUCCUGUGCCGACUGUGAACAACAUGGCCAGUCCUACUAUGCAAGCCAUGACCUACCAGCCCACAGGCUUCACUGGACCUGCACCGAAUCAGUGGAACACAGGAUUUGGUCAGCAACAACCUCCACAGCAGCAACAACCAUUCUUCAAUCAGCAGCCUCUGCCCCCAGCGAGCAGCACCAGGUUCUCGUCACCAAUGUCACAUAGCCGAGUGGCCAUCCGGCAGAUGCUUGGCCAGCGGCACCCAGGGGGUCCUCCUGCUAUCAUGACAGGACAGCCCUCCAACCCAGCCUUCACCAACAUGCCUACUGGGGCCAUGACAGGGAUGGCACGUCAAGGACCUAUUUUAAGACCGAACCUACGAGGUGGUCUUGCAGGACCUCAGCAGGGACCAAUUUAUGGAGCUGGUGGAGCUAUGCCAACUGGUCCCAUGCCCCAAGGAAUGCCAGGCCAGGGAGGACAAAUGUAUUCAGCCAUGAGUGCGGCAGGGCCAGGAGGUCCCCCAGGUGGCCCAGGUGCCCCGGGCCAGGGCAGCAUGGGUCAGUAUGGCACCUAUCAACAAGGCCCCAUGCCUAGUGGCCAGAUGAUGGCUCAGGGCCCCGGUGGAGGGAGUGUGCCCACAGGCCCAGGUGGUCCACCCACCACCAUGAUGGGUCAGGGGUACCAGCCUGGCUAUCAAGGCAAUCCCACUAUGAUGGGUUUGCGCCAGCAACAGCCAGGUGGAGGUUACAUUGGCCAGGGCAUGAGUCCUUCACAAAUUGUUCAGCGACCACAGUAUAUGCAGGGUCCCAGUGCUAAUGGCAGCAUGGGAAUGAUGAGUGGAAAUCAGGCUUACACUCGUCCAGGCAUGCAAGGCAUGGGACCUGGACAGGGUAUGGGCCCUGGUGGACAGGGUAUGGGCCCAGGUGCACAAGGUAUGGGUCCAGGGGCACAAGGUAUGGGUCCAGGUGGACAGGGCAUGGGUCCAACUGGUGCCAGUUUAAUGAGACAGCGCAUGAUGCUGGGUGGAGGGCCCACAGCAGCCACACAGGCAGGGCCGGGGGGUCCUGGGCAAGGAGGAGCCCUCUUGUCUCAUCUGCAGAGGCCUAUGGGCUCAGUACAACAGCAGCAGCAGCAACAGCAACAGCAGCAACAACAACAACAGCAGCAACAACAGCAGCAGCAGCAGCAACAACAACAGCAGCAGCAACAGCAGCAGCAGCAACAACAGCAACAGCACCAACAACAGCACCAGCAACAACAGCAGCAGCAGCAACAGCAGCAGCAGCAACAACAGCAACAGCAACAACAGCAGCAGCAGCAGCAACAACAGCAGCAGCAGCAGCAGCAACAACAGGCAUCCCAGUGCACCCUGCAGAUAUCAACGAGUCGAGGGGCACUAGCUGAGAUUAUUAAGAGAUAUUAUGCAAUGCAGAAAAAAUUGUAGUGUCCCCAUAUAAAAUAUAAGUAUUUUUACAUAUAAUAUGGCUUCCUGCAAUUCAUAAUACUAUAAUACUGAGAAUUUAUUCGACACUUAUAUGAAAGGAAAUAGGUUUCAGAACAGUAUUAUCUAGUGACGAUCAUUUUAUUGUAAAGUUUUCCAUUUACAAAGAACACACAAUUAUAGUCCCUUCAAGCAAUCAUGAAAGAUACAUGCAUACCUUUAUAAUGCCUAACAUUUCCUUCAAAAAUAUAUCCUAAUCAUACAUUCAAAGGUACAAUAAGCAUCAAGAAAGGCUACAAAGAGGAAAUGUAAUCAGAUGCUAUACACUAUGAAUUUUGUUGAUCUUGUAAAUUGUAGAGGCAGAGAAAGUGUGUGUGUGUGUGUGUGUUCUGAAAAAUUUGCUGUAUAGCUCUGUGAGAUAAAAUAUUUUUUUACUUGUAUCCAUUCAUUUUAAAAUGUGAAUCAAAUUAGUCUUAGAUUAUAUUAAAGUUUCAAGAACAUAA